AUGGGAAGCAUUUGCCCACGGCAUGUUGUUGGUUCCGACUGCAUAGACGACGCUUCAGCCCUUCCUCUGGAUGCGAUUGCCUUGGCUUUGCAGGGCGACCCGGAGGAAGUGAGAGUGCUAGUGAAAGACACGGCCGGCCAGCCAAGAUACUAUGGAAUGCUUGCAGGUGCCCUUUCGAAGAUCAGCAUGCCGAUCAUCGUCUUCAGCCUGCCGCGAUGGGGCAGGUACGUGCUGAAAGAUCCGGGCUUCGCAGAUUGCUCCCUGCACAUGGGCUUGAACAUGUCCAGAGCUCGCGGGGACCAGGACGAAGAAUCUACCCUUGGGGAGGAGGAGAGGCUCUUCCGCUACUGGUUGAGCAUG